AUGCCCAAAGACCCUCACCAGCUCAAGGAAGGAGACAAGGUCCAGUGGAACUGGGGUGGAGGAGCACCCAGCGGCACGGUGAAGGAGGUCGUGACCGAGGGCGAGGCCAAGGUGACGACGAAGCGAGGAAACGAGGUCAAGAAGGACGCCUCUGAGGAAAAUCCGGCGAUCAAAAUUGAUGCAGGAUCAAGCGAUGCCGUCAAGAGGGCUAACGAGCUGCGUGGCGUGGCGCCCUGA